CUAGCAACAGCAAGAACGUACUACUCGGCUCUUUGCGAUGGACCCUUUCGAGUUCCGACCUUGGUAUCCAACGGGAAUCCGCGGUUUCGUUGCCGCCGGUGCGAGCAACUUCAUCGCCCUCUUCGACGAUGACAGUGUCCUCAAAUUCCCACUUGUACCCCCAGAGGAGAAAGAUAUCUAUAUAGCUAAAGGCAUGGAAUACCGCAGGAAUGUCAGAAAAGCCGCGGUCAAAGGUCUCGAGGUCGAACAGCAGAUACUCCAAGAAUUGGGGCAGCAUCCAAGAAUAGUUCGUUUCGUGCGGAAACAUGAAGACGGCCUGCUACUCGAAUAUCUGCCAAACGGAUCAGUUGAGAGAUAUCUACGAAACGUCGCUCCCGCCACGUCAUUGGCCCAAAGAUUAAAAUGGGCGCGCCAGGCUGCAGAAGGCCUUGCGUAUAUCCACGCGAAGAACGUUCUUCACUGCGAUUUCAGCGUCGGCAAUCUCCUUGUCGACAACGACUUGUCGAUUAAGCUCUGCGACUUCCAAGGAAGACUUCUAGGUCCUAGUGGGGCAGUCAUUCUCAAUGGCGGGGCCGCUGAAAGUACCAUGUCUUCAAUGCCACGGGCGGAUCGGAACCACUGCGACCGCAAAACAGAUAUAUUUGCCUUCGGAACGGCGCUCUACUUUAUGGUGACGGGAAAGCCUCCUUUUCCUGACCUGGACACCAUAGAUGACAAGGACGAGAUCCGCAGACGAUUCGAAUGCCGCGAGUUCCCUUCCUUGGACUAUCAUCAAGGGGGUGAUGUAGUGCGCAAGUGCUGGACGGGCGGCUACGAAUCUGCUACUGAGAUUGCGCUUGACCUACGGGAAUUGGAAAGAGUGGGACGUGACACGACCGCAGCGGGAGCCUGUUCGCGUCCAUCAGGAUGCUGGACCGGUUCUUCCUAGCUUGCGAAUCGCGGAAUUCAAGGAG